UCGAGUGGUCCCCAAAACCAUAUGACAGCAAACACCUCCUCUUAUAUGAUAAGCCAAGCCCCGCAACGAUCCAAAUCAAUCAGAUAGCACGUGCAAUCAAUUAUCCGGGUUCCUACGAAUCAAGAAUGCCUCUUAGUCUCUCUGAUGCCCACGCGGUUAGGAAUUGUGAAGGUUCACGGGAUUCUUGGAGUUUCCGGGGCUUGAAUUCUGAGUCGGAGGGUUCUGAUUGCAACAAAAUGGGCAAGGCUGAGUUUGGAGGCUACGGUGAGCCGCUGCUUGUAGAUGAUGUCGUCGAUAAGUUGCCUAUCGAUCCAUUUGGAAUGGAUAAAAGGUCUACGAUUACGAUCACGGGUUGGUUUCAAGACUUGGUAGAGGAAUCUGAUUCAGGUUGUAAUGGUUUUGGGUUUGAUGAUGCUCAAAAAGAGAUUGCUGAUCAUCAUGGACUCUUUGCAGGGCUGAAUUGGCUGUGGAAUGGUUCAAUGAAGUUUGAACCAGAAUUGGGUAACGUGAAAAAGGGUGGAAUUUCAAUUCCUUGUGAUGGGUUUGAUGGAUAUGGGGUUGACACUAGAUUGCUUGAUGGUGUUUUUGCACUGGAUGGAAAUGUGGAGGAGUUUAUGAAUUUCGGCCGUUUCGGAAAUUGGUUUGUGAGCAAAGGUGCUCCAGAGUCGAGGGAUUGUGGAAAAACUUGUUUUAAGGGUGUUGAAGAAAGUACACCCCAUGAUGCAAUGUUUUUUGCUUUGGGAUAUCUGGGAGUGCAGGACCUUCUCACUGUAGAAAGGGUUUGCAAAUCUUUGCGCGAUUCGGUUAGAAGUGAUGCUCUUCUGUGGAGGAGUAUUCACAUCGAUCGGCCGUUGAGCGAGAAGAUCACGGAUGAUGCUCUUCUGAAAUUGGCUAACAGGGCACAAGGCACCCUUCAGUGCUUGAGCCUAGUGGACUGCAUAAGAAUCACAGAUAGCGGUUUGAAGCGUGUGAUUGAAACGAAUCCAAGACUGAAAAAGCUAAGCGUUCCAGGAUGUGUAAGACUUAGUGUUGACAGCUUAUUGGAUAUGUUAAGGGCCUUCAAGUCUGUUGGCUCCCCAGGAAUAAAGCACUUGAGAAUUGCUGGCAUCCGCAGUAUAACAGAAAAGCAGUUUGAAGAAUUGCAGUUUCUUCUGAAUGCAGAUAACCAUGUGGAGCAGAGUGCCCACAGGCUACGGAUUUAUAGUGGGGUUCCGUCUUAUAUAUCUUGUGAUGAUGAUUGUGCCAUCGACAUUGAGGCCUGCCCCUGGUGCCAUGAGUUUAAACUAGUUUAUGAUUGCCCAUCAGAGAGUUGUCAGGGGAAACAUCAGGCUGAUCAUUUGUGCAGGGCUUGCAUAAUCUGCACACCGCGCUGUAUCAAUUGUGGGUGCUGCAUUAAGGACCGUGAUUAUGAGGAAACAUUCUGUCUAGACUCCCUUUGUUUGGAUUGUUGGAAGCAGCGACUUAAUUGCCCAGGUAUGCUGGGUGAAAAAGGUGCUUCUCAGUGCACCAUCUUUCGUCAAGAGACCAGUUACCAGUUUUGCUUCUAUGGCUGAUGGGAAAGACAUUCUAAAUUUCCACUGGCUGUAGGUUUUGGAGUAGAAUCUUCAUUGUUGCGCUCUCCAAAUGAGUAAUGCGAUAGCCACCUGCGUAGAUGCUAAAAGUGUGGUCUCCUGUCUCUGUGAAGAACAUGCAGCCACUUGUGAGGACGGGAAAUGUACCACCAGCACGGCUCUAACUGCGUAGUUGGUGCCUCUUUGACAUUUUCUUGAUUCUGGAGGUUUGAGGAGGAAUAGAAGAAAAUUAAAAAUAUAGAAAAAAAAUCCUUAAAAAAAUAUAGAAAAAAAUCGAAUGAAAGAAGGGAACUGGAUGAAAAAAAAAAGAGGACAGAAAAAAGAAACAAUAAGGCAAUGCUGGUCAAAUAAAAGCAGGGUUUUGAUUUAUAAUUGUGUCUUGAAAUAGGGUGAUUUCAUGCAUCUCUGGCUCAUGUAUUUGGAGACUGAAGAAGUUGAUUUCUAUAUGCGACUCUGAAAGCGCGGAGGUAGCAGCUGUUUCUGGUAAUAUUUGCUCACAAAAAUUGGGGGUUUCUCUAAUGGAUGCAGAUGAGGAGAAAUCAUAUUAAUAUGCAGAAAGUACUGGAAGAAUUAUAGCACUUGUGUUCUGUGUCAACUUUGUGAUAGCUUGCUUUAUCAUGCAGGUAGUUGUUACACAAAGCUCAUGUGAUUUGUUUGUCACAAAGCUCAGUAUCAUUGGAACCCAAAUAAAUGUGGAUGAUUGAAUGUCCAAUUUUUGUUAUGUUGCUAUUGUUCCCAAGGAUUUGCUUCUCAUUCAUAUGCUCC